GCGUUGAUGUUGAUAUUCAUGAAAACAAACCUAACCGAGAUAAUCUUAUCGUCUGCGACGCGCAUGCGCACACAAUACCCCACGCGCACGAAACGUGAUAAUAUUCGUUGUUGACGUUUUCGAAAGUGAAACACACAGUACAAGUCUAUGCGUCGCGUAGGAAAGAUAAUUUCAGUACGUACCAUGGACGCGCUACGAAACGGCUGGUUCAGCGAAAUCCAACCUGACCUCUGGCCCGGCCAGUGUAUGUCACUACAAGUCGACGCCGUGCUACACAAAGAAAAGUCCCCCUAUCAGGAGAUUCUCGUGCUGCAAACAAAAAAACAUGGCCGAGCGUUGGUAUUGGACAACAUCAUUCAAUGCACCGAAUUCGACGAGUUUGCAUACCAAGAGAUGAUUGCAUUCCUGCCAUUAUGCGCGCAUACAUCCCCCGCGGAGGUGUUGAUCAUCGGUGGUGGCGAUGGUGGCGUCGCACGUGAAGUCGUCAAACAUCCUCUGGUGCAACAUGUGACACAAGUGGAGAUCGACGAUCGCGUUAUUGCUGCUUCGAAGAAAUACCUGCCGUUCAUGUCGUCGGGAUUCAACAACGCCAAGUUAAACCUCAUCGUGGGCGAUGGCUUCGCGUACAUGGACCAGCAGCGUGGUAAAUUCGACGUUAUCAUUACAGAUUCCUCGGACCCGGUCGGACCUGCGGCGAAUUUAUUCACGGAAAACUAUUUUAAAUUGUUAUCCAACGCGUUGAGACCCGGUGGGAUUAUAUGCUCGCAAGGCGGAUGUAUCUGGACGGGGCUAAAAGAAGUCAAAGCAACUGUAGACGCAGCACGUAAAUAUUUCUCCAAUGUGAAAUACGCGCUUGUGUCGGUUCCGACUUACCCAUGCGGUCAAAUAGGUUUGCUAAUCGCUACGAAUGAUAAAAUCGACUUAACGCACGCCCGCCAUCUUGUCGAAGAUAAAUCCCUGCGGUAUUAUCAUGGCGACGCGCAUAAAGCCGCCUUCACGCUGCCGAAAUUCGCAGCGGAUCAACUCCUACCAUCGAUCAACAACAAUAUCGUGUAACAAUUGUAUUUAUAAAAUAAUUAUAUCACAGAUUCAGUCUUU